AAAACUAGUCGAAAAAUAUGAGCAAUGAAACUUCCAACACAGGAAGCUUAGAUCAGCAAUUUGCUGGUAUGGGCCUCAACAACAACAAUAAGCCUGCUUCUCGUUAUGUACCUCCCCAUUUAAGAAACCAAGCUAAUCGUGUAGAUCGAUCCAACAAUGACAGUCAACCUCCUGCCGCCGCUCCCAGAACAAGUGGCUGGAACGAUUGGAACGGUGGUAGCCGUGAAAGAGCUCCCCGCAGUGAAGGUGGAGGAUGGAAUUCCUCUCACUCAGACAUGCCCCGCAGAAACGAUGGCGGUGGUCGUUCUGACUUUUAUGAGCGUGGUUCUUAUGGUGGAUACCGUAACAACAGUCGUCAAGAUUCUGGUUAUCAACGUCGUGAUGAGAGUCAAGGUUAUUGGAAGGAUGGUGUUCACCACCUUGGUGCCCGUAACCCUCGUACCGAAAAGGAUCUUUAUGGUACUCAUGAUGAUACUGUCACUCAACACACUGGUAUCAACUUUGGAUUGUAUGAUGACAUUCCUGUUGAAGCAAGUGGUGAGAACUGUCCCGAAUGUAUCACUACCUUCACCUCUCCCCCUAUGGAUUCUCAUUUAUUGAGUAACAUUGAGUUGGCCAGAUACACCACUCCUACUCCCGUUCAAAAGUACUCUAUUCCUAUUAUUGAUGCCGGUAGAGAUUUAAUGGCUUGUGCCCAGACUGGUUCUGGUAAGACAGGUGGUUUCCUCUUCCCCGUCUUUUCUGAGCUUUUCUCCAAGGGUCCUAUCUCUGCUCCCCCUACUGAUGAUUCUCAAGGUUACCGUGCCCGUAAGGCUCAUCCUCAAGUUUUGAUUCUUGCUCCUACUCGUGAAUUGGUCUCUCAAAUUUACGAUGAAGCCAAGAAGUUUGCUUACCGUUCUUGGGUUAAGCCUGCCGUUGUUUACGGUGGUUCUGACAUUGGUGCUCAAAUCCGUAACAUUGAACGUGGUUGUGAUUUAUUAGUCGCUACUCCCGGUCGUCUUGUUGAUUUGAUUGAACGUGCUCGUAUCUCUCUUUCUCUCAUUCGUUUCCUUGUUCUCGAUGAAGCUGAUCGUAUGUUGGAUAUGGGUUUCGAACCCCAGAUCAGACGUAUUGUCGAAAAGGAAGACAUGACACGUGUCGAGGACCGUACCACUCUCAUGUUCUCUGCCACUUUCCCCCGUGACAUCCAAUACUUGGCCCGUGAUUUCUUGAAGGAUUAUAUCUUUUUGUCUGUUGGUCGUGUUGGUUCCACCUCUGAGAAUAUUACCCAAAAGGUUGAAUAUGUGGAAGAUGAAGACAAACGUUCAGUCUUGUUGGAUAUCCUCCAUUCUAACGAAUCCGCCGGUCUCAGUUUGAUCUUUGUUGAAACUAAGCGUAUGGCUGAUGCCCUUUCUGAUUUCCUUUUGGACCAUAACUUCCCUGCUACUGCUAUUCAUGGUGAUCGUACUCAACGUGAGCGUGAGCGUGCUCUUGAUUCUUUCAAGACAGGUCGCACUCCCAUCAUGGUUGCUACUGCUGUUGCUGCUCGUGGUUUAGAUAUUGCUAAUGUCUCUCAUGUCAUCUCAUACGAUUUACCCACUGAUAUUGAUGAUUAUGUCCAUCGUAUUGGUCGUACUGGUCGUGCCGGUAACACUGGUUUGGCCACUGCUUUCUUCAACCGUGGCAACAAGAACAUUGUGAACGAUAUGAUCAACAUUUUGGAAGAAGCCAACCAAGAGAUUCCUAGCUUCUUGGAAUCCAUUGCCAGAGAAACCCGUUCAUUCGGUGGUUCUCGUGGUGGUCGUGGACGUGGCCGUGGAGGUAACGGUUUCGGUGGUAGAGAUUACAGAAAGGCCGGUGGUGGAGGCAAUGACUGGAACUCCUCUUCUCCUGCUCCUGCCGCUGCUCCUCGUGAUACUGGUUUCCCCUCUUUGGGUGGUGCUCGUCCUGCCCAAACCAACGGUAGUGCCUAUACCAACGGUGGCGGUAACAGCAAUAGCUCCAACGUUCCUCUCCAAUAUCAAACCAAGACCAGCUGGUUCUAAUCUCUCUCUCUCUCUCCUACUUAUCCCACACACACCACACACCAAAAAACUAUAGAUUUUUUUUAUAAAUAUUUUCCCCCAACCUUACCUUAUCUCUUUUUCAAUUAUUUUUUUGUAAAAUUCUUUUUCUUUUUGACCUUUUUUACCUUUUCCCCCUCCAAACAAAAAAUUUCACUUGUAGUGUAGAUGUAAAUAUUAUUUUUAAAAAAAAGAGAAUAUCAUAUAAAUAAAUAAAAUAAAAAAGAAGUCUCUACCC